UGCUGAUGGACGUGAGAAAUCAAUCGCCGUUGCAUUGCGCUCGCAGAGCAAUCCGUGUGCUGCCUCCCCUCGCAGCGGCUCGGCUCGUUAAUUAAUCACGGAUCGAUUUACAUUCGCGGAACGCCUCCCCCGUCUUGCAGAUUAACACAAAAAAAACGCAACACCGCCACCACCACCACCAGACCACUUGUUUCAUUAUUUUUAUUAUUUCAUCGACACCAGCAUCAUCACCAUCACCAUCCAGCCAGCAUUAUCUUACACAGCAGCAACAGGAGCGGAUGUCGGCAGAGAACGCGGCCCUAGUUUGACUGAACACCUCACACCCCCCCCCCCCCCAUUUCUUAGCACGUCCGCCGGCUUCGGGACGACAUCGGGCGGCCGCGCGGCGUCAGGCAACGCCGCAGGCUUCGCGGCCUGGGCCUCGGGCCUAGCGGCGGGGGUAGACCACGGCGCUCGGAUAGAGAGCUCUGCCGGCCGAGGCGGGGGUUGGUCGGCCAGAGGGUGCGCGCCCGUGGCGGCGCGGCCCGGCAGGACGCGGUGUCGCUGCCACAGGCUUGAUGCGGCUUUCGCCAUCUUGGCCAGGCGUGAGGCCGACUCGCUGGACAUGGAUCAGGCGAGCACGUUGUCGCUGACGCUGGUGGUGGGCUGCACAGUUUCUUCGCUCGCCCUCCUCUGCCUCAUUGUGGUCUACGCGCUCUACUGGAGGGUCGUGCGCUCUGAGAGGGCGGUGAUCCUCAUCAACCUCUGCAUCUCCAUCAUCUCCUCCAACGGACUCAUCCUGCUGGCGCAGACGCUCAUGCAGCAGAGGGCCGCGUGUGUGGCCACGGCCGCUUUGCUGCACUUCACGUUCCUGGCGUCGUUCUGCUGGGUCCUGGCCGAAGCGUGGCAAGCCUACACCGCCGUGGGCGGGCGUCUCCGCCGACGACUCAUCCACAAGCGCUUCCUGCUGCUCGGAUGGGGCUUCCCGGCGAUGACGGUCGCCUUUUCCUGUGGCCUCACGAAGAUGAAGGGAUACGGAACCCACAGCUACUGCUGGCUCUCUUUGGAGGGUGGACUUCUCUACUCUUUUGUGGGACCGGCCGCUGUCGUGGUGCUGAUUAAUAUGGUGAUUGGAAUUCUGGUCUUCAAUAAACUCGUCACGAGAAACGGCGUACCCGACAAGAUCCGGAAGGACGCCCCCCACCGUCACCCGGGAGAGCAACCCAACGGCUCCACCCUGCGCUGCUCCAAAUGCGGCGCCAUGUCCAGCAGCUCCCUGAGAGACUCCACUCACAGCAACGCCAUGGCCUCCCUGUGGAGCUCGUGCGUGGUGCUGCCUCUGCUCGCGCUCACGUGGAUGUCGGCCGUGCUAGCCAUCACCGACCGCCGCUCGUCGCUCUUCCAGGUCCUCUUCUCCGUGUUCGACUCGCUGCAGGGCCUCGUCAUCACCGCGGUGCACUGCUUCCUGCGGCGCGAGGUCCAGGUUGCUAUCCGUCGCCGUCUCCGAGGCUGUCAGGGGGAGGUGAACGACUGCAGCGUGAAUCUUCCCAACGGCCACUCCGUCAUGAUGGGUUGUGAAAAAAGCUUGGACGGCACUUGCACAGAAGACCCCAGCAAGGAGGCCUUGAUUGGCCCGGCCUUCCCCGUACUGCACCACCCCCACCUCGACACCGACGCCACUGAUGGCGCCCAAGAAGGUAAUGAUGAUGAAGGAGGAGGAGGAGGCGAUGACGAUGACGGUGGCGAUGACUGUGACCACGACGAUGCCGACGACGGCAACAACGGCAGCGAUGCCGAAGCGGCGGUCGCGCAACCGGCGGACGGAGAGGCGGGCGCAGCCGGGAAGAGUUCUGGAGCCAAACGGGAUGGGGCAGCCGGGGCAGCUGGGGAGGGUGACGGGACAGAGGGGCCAUCUGGGGAUCUUCCUGGGGAGGCCGAGGCCUGUGCCGGGGCAGCGGCAGCCACGGAGGGAGCCGGGGGAGAAGCGGGAACUGGAUCUGGAAGCAGAACUGGCGUCGGUCUUGGAGCCGGGUGCCGGGGUGCGCACGUGGGGAGCAACGCUGCACCCGCCCAGCCGGCGCCCCCCAGCCUCGUGGAGUCAGUGCCCCUGCUCACGCAGAGACCCUACACCUACCUGGGCUCGGAGGGCAUCAACGAACUGCAGAAUUAUUGCACGCGGAGGGACGAGGGCGAGGGGUCCGGGAACUCCAGCGACGCCCGCUCGCAGUCGAGCGACGUCACGUCCGCCCCGGUCGCGGGCAACUCGGGGAAGAAGGCGGUGGGCGGAGGGGUCCCCGGGAAGACGGACGCCGGCGACGCGGUGUCCAACGCCAGCGAGAGCUCGCUCGAGCGACGAAAGUCCAAGUACUCCGACCUGGAUUUUGAGAAAAUCAUGCACACGAGAAAGAGACACAAGGAGAUGUUGAACCAGCCGUUCAUGGACAAAGACACCGUCAAGGUGGACUCGGAGGAGCCGCUGCGGAGCAGGACGGCUCAACCUGCGCACGCCGCUCCGCACCCGUCGCACCCACACAUGCAGCAGCCGCUGUCCGCCCAGCAGCAGCAGCAGCAGCAACAGCAGCUGCUUCUGCUGUCGCUGCAGCAGCCGCACCCGACGCAGCCACUGAUGCAGCAGCAACCGCUCACUCACGCGCUCCACCAGCAGCAGCAGCUGCAGUUGCUGUCGCUCCAGCAAGCGCAUCAGCAAGGGCACGCGACGCAUCAGGCGCACCCCCUGUUGCCGCCCCCCUACGCCCACGGCGGGGGAGGGGUCCCGCGUAUCCCCGGCCUUCACCAGGGCGGCCCCCCCCUCCUCUUCCCCCAAGCGAGCACUCGGCGCCCGCCGGCCUAUACCCCGUGCCCCGCCCCCUCUUCCUCCGCCUCCUCUUCCGCCUCCUCCUCGUCCGCUGCUACCUGCUGCUCGGCGGCUGUUGCAGGGCAGCAGCAGAAGCAUCAGCAGAAGCAGCAGCAGCAGCAGCUGCCGCCCCCUCUGCCGUUGCGCCCCCCGCGGCGAUCGGUGGAGUGCGAGCGGCCCGGGGCGGAGUUGCCGCUGGUCUACCAGGAGGGCGACCUGCAGACGGAGGUGUGAUGGUGACGGUGGUGACGGUGGCGGCGGUGACACUGGUAACGGUGAUGUUGACGGUGAUAACACUGACAAUGAUGAUGAUGACGGUGGUGGUGAUGGUGGUGAUCGUGGUGAUGGUGGCGGUGACACUGGUAAUGGUGACUGUGGUGGUGGCGGUGACCGUUGUAACACUGGCAGCAACGGCGACAAAAGUGGUGUCGAUGGUGAUGGGAAUGACAUUGGUGGUGGUGACGGUGGCGAUGACGCCCGGGGAUGGUUAUAGGAAUGGCGAUAACAAUGUUGAUGGUGACAACGAUGAUAAUGAUGGUGGUGGUCACGAGAAUGGUGGUGGCGAUAGCACUGGUCACACUGAUGCCGGUGAUGGUAGCGACGGUGGGUGAUGGCGGUGGUGGCGGCGGCGCAUUGAUGACGAUGGGCAUAGCAACAGUGGCGGCGGUGAUAUUGUUGUGGCGUGACCAUGGCGACGGUGACGAUGGUCGUGGAUGCGACGGCGAUGACGUGGAUAACGACAGCAGCAGCAGCGAUGAUGGUGAUGUUGCUGAUAAUGACUGAUGAUGAUAUGAAGACAACAAUGAACCCUCUCUGCUGCUGGUGUGAAGUGAUGGUGACGGUGGUCAUGGUGGUGACGACGGUGGUGGUGGUGAUGGUGACGGUGGUCAUGGUGGUGACGACGGUGGUGACGACGGUGGUGGUGACGGUGGUCAUGGUGGUGACGACGCUGGUGGUGGUGAAUGACGGUGGUGGUGGCGGUGGUCAUGGUGGUGAUGGUGAUGGUGACGGUGGCCAUGUUGGUGACGACGGUGGUGGUGACGGUGGUCAUGGUGGUGAUGGUGGUGACGACGUUGAUGGUGACUGUGGUGGUGGCGGUGGUGGUGGUGACGACGGUGGUGGUGGUGAUGACGACGGUGGUGGUGGCGGUGACGACGGUGGUGACGACGGUGGUGGUGGUGAAUGACGGUGGUGGUGGCGGUGGUGAUGGUGACGACGGUGAUGGUGGUCGUGGUGGUGGAGAGGGCAACACGAUUGACCGACUCGUACUUUGAGACGGCACAUUGCAUUGGGUGUCACUCGUAGAACACUGGAUAUUUUUUGUUAUAUUAUCAUAUACAAUCCAUUGUUCAUUCGCAGAGUCAAACAGUCUCUUAGCCAGUCUUAAGACGCAGACAUGUAGAGUAAACACACGUUUUUAUCUGUGUUUGAGGCAAUGUUAAUGAUGAUGGUGCCAAGUUGUUUUACAAAUCAUAUCUAUAUAUGUUGCGUGCACUUAAUCUACUGUCAAGACGAUCGCUUCUAUAUUUUAUUGACCCAGUACAGCAAGUAGGUUGUUCAAGGUUCUCUUGCCAUAGUUGAGUUUUGCAAGUUAUUCCCGUACCCUACACGUGGCUUUCUCCAGGCACUGCUUAUGUUGGUACUAAACGUUCGUCUUCUAAAAGUAAUUGGCCAAACAUCCCAAUGCAAAGAUGCUCCUUAAUACUGGGUAAUAGUUUUUUUUUUAUCUGAAAAAUUCAAUGCUUACGAGAUGGAUUCCAUUACAUUUGAAUGCAGGCAAUUAUGCAAAUCUGGCAUGUCCAUUUUAUUUUAAUUAACAUGCCAUGGUAGACUUUAAUUUGAUUCGAAUCGUUUUCAUUAUGAAUGUUACUUUGUGUGCAUGUCUGUACGUACACGUGUGUGUGUGUGUGUAACCACAGCGGCAGUGAAUUGGUUAGCGCUACGAACCCGGCCACCUGAAUUCGAUUUCCACUCACGGCCAACACCCAGUGACGAUUAUCUGAAUCGGUCCUGGGCUUCCCCUAGGUCGACUCUGCCUCAAAUAAAUACCUGGUGCAGUGUAUAAACAUCGCCAUUGGGGAGACAAAGGCGGCCGGGCGUGGUAAUGGCCACCCACCCCCUCGUGUGCCAUGCCGGGUUUCGUAGGUGCUCGCUAACAGCACUUUCCCCAACAGUCUGUUUAGGCUAUACGGGGAUCUUUGUUUUGUGUGUAAACACACACGUAUACGCACAGGAUACACACCUACCAAUGCUGUGAAUGCAUCGGUUCCUGUAUUGUACAUAUGUAUCAGUGUGUACAUAUUCUUGUGUAUAUAGAUGUGUACAUAUCGCUAUAGGUUACAUGGGGAGCGGUGGAGCAGAUGUUCACACACCACACCACGAAUCCCGGCAACCCGAGUUCGAUUCCUAGCCGCGAUGCACGUCACCAUUUAGUAACUGCACUGGCCUGGGCCACCGCUAGGUUGACUCUGCCUGAAGUAAUACCAGGUGUGGCAGUGCUGUUAGUGGUUGUGGGUCUUGAUAAUAUAUCAGCCUUGGGUUGGAGACUAGGUGGCUGGGUGUGUGAGUUGUUUGUGUGUGCGAGUAUCUUUGUGUGUGUGUGUAGGGAGCGGCGGCAUCGCGGUUAGCGCCACGAUGCGCUACGAAUCUGGCGACCCGGGUUUGAUUCCCGCUCACGGCCAACACCCAGUGACGAUCAUCUGAACCGGUCCCGGGCCUCCCCUAGGUCGACUUGGCAUCAAAUGAGUACCUGGUGCGGUGUGUACAUCAUCGGCACUCGGGAGACAAAGGCGGCCGGGCGUGGUGUUGGCCACCCACCCCCUCGUGUGCCGUGCCAUCCUAUAUAGAUGCUCGCUAACAGCACUUGCCCCAACAAUCUGUUAAGGCUAUAAGGGGCGAUCUUUAUCUUUGGUGCAGUGCUUUAGUGCACCGCACUACGAACCCAGCGACUCGAAUUCAAUUUCCACUCUGGUCCUAGACCUCCCUGAAGUUGACUCGACCGGGUUGAACAGCCCGUGCAGUGUCGAAACAUCAGCAUUGGGGAGACAUAGGUGCUCGCUCACAGCACUUGUCCCAAAAGUGUGUUUAGGCUAUAUGGGGGGGGUCUUUGUCUUUUGUGUGCGAGUGCAUGUGUGCAUGUGUGCGCGAGUGUGAUCUUAGUGGCGGAGUAGGGUCUGAACCUGUCCUGGGGUUCCCCUAUGUCAACUCGGCCUUCAAUGAGUACCUGGUACCGCUCGCAAUGAGUGCGGGUGGCGUGGGUAGAGAUUCUCCGGCCGGCCGGUCCGGCGGGCGGGCGGGUCUGGUUUCGGCCACGUCACUCUCCUCGCGCGUCCUGCCGACCUUAAUGGGUGCUCGCCAACAGCCGUAGCUCGGUCCGUCCAGGCUGUUGUGUGGAGAUGCUUGUCUUGUGUAUGUCAGGCGCACGCGGCCGCACACGCGCGCGCGUGAGUGCGGGUUCCAUCGGUUGCGAGCGCGGUGACGACGGUGAUGAUUUGCAACCUCGGGUCGUGAUUCACCGUUGGCGUAAUUGGCGAGAGCCUUGGGGUGGCAGUCGGUCGCGAAUUGUCGGUUAGUCGCCAAAUAGUGGUUUGCACAUUUUGUUUGUGUUUAAUCGCAUGUCGUUACGUUAUUUGUAGCGUUAAUUUAUACGUACUGGCGUUACGCGGGCGAUCGACCGUUGGAUGACACUGCACGUGAUGGACGGGGGGGGGGGGUGGAGGUUUCUGUGUCCGGUGAAACGUGAGUUCUCAAUCUGACGCGACGACGGUUCUGCAUCGGGUGAAAUGGCUCGUCAUGAGAUGGGCCGAUGGUUCUGCAUCGGAUUCAACACCCGUUCUCUGUUCGGUGCACAGACUCUGUACAACAGCAAGCGUGCUGUAUCGGAUGAAACGGGGAUUCCGUAUCGGAUGAGACGAGGGUUCUGGAUCGGAUGAGUGUCCGCCGGUAAUGCCAUUUUAAACCAUAAACUAUCUCUUGAACUCCCGAAACCAAUCCGGAUCAAUCCCGAGUCCUUUUUAAAAAUCAACAUCGAUCGAUAUCCAAUCACCAAUGCUUGUUGCGGCUCCGGGUAUCGGAAACAUUUUUUUUUUAACCUUUGCUAAAGAGAGAGUCAAAUGUACGUUUGCCACUUUUAUCACUUUAUUAAAAGAGGAUUAUAAGGGAGAUGUGGAAUAAGUAAAUAAACACGAUUAAUAAAAGCUGUACAUAGUCAUAUAUAUUGAUAACUAAAUAAUAAAUCACUUGAAAAAAAAAACCACGUGGACUGGAUUAAAUUAAAAGAGCGGUGUUGGCCAAAACAGUU